UCUACACAUUCAUGCCAAAUUUGUAGCCCAGCAAGCUCAUAAAACUGCAGCAAGUUGCACUGACAAAGCAAACUGAUCAAGCUGAGAUGAAGGCAAUGUUGUUCCCAAUGGCUGCAAUCAAGGCUGUAAUUGUGAUGCUGCUGAGCUAUAGCUGUUUAUGUCAUGCACAAGAUUGGUCGGUGCGGUUGAGAGGUGGCCAGUCACCAUUUGAAGGCAGAGUGGAGGUGCUCGUUAACAACAGCUGGGGCACCAUCCAGGACACAAACUGGGGGCUUGAUGAUGCUUUAGUCGUAUGCAAGCAACUUGGAUUCUCAGCAGCUGACUCAGCUGUUUCUGGUAGAGUGUUUGCUCCUGCUGAUCUGCACACUCCUGUUCUGCUCACUGAUGUGCAGUGCAGUGACGGAGCUGUCUCACUGCAGGACUGUGAGUAUCAAACAGGCAAUAGUCUGCCCUUCUAUAAUCUACACACACGAGACGCUGGAGUGAGGUGUGCUGUGAAGUACUCGAUUCGACUCCAAUCAAUGACCAGCAGCAGGAACAUUGGGAGACUUGGUAUUCAGCGUGGUACUAUUUGGAGCCCAGUCUGUUACGACAGCUUGUGGACAACCGAGCAAUCCUCUGUUGCUUGUCGUCAGCUUGGUUACGACCAGAUAAUAGGUUCUCAAGGAGUGAACAUGACAGGAGCAGUGACUGUGUCUCCACUGAAUUGCACAGGGAGUGAGCCCAACCUUCAAUCAUGCAGGUCACCCGUAAGUGUUCUGAACAACUGUUCCAGUGGACUGGUUGUUGAGCUAGAGUGUGCAGGCACCCCCCUCCAGCUCCACCCCCCUACAACCAGCUUUCUCAGUUGUACCUCUGUCACUCUUCAGUGGACCACUCAUGACAAUUACAGAGGGCAUGAGAUAGACGCGUAUACUAUAAGGUAUCGGCCCUACGUCCGUUACCCUCUGGAUACCCAGCUUCCUUGGAUUACCAUGAGAGUGGACCCCUCGAGCAGUGAGGAGCAAUCAUUGACCAUUGGUGACUUAGCGCCCCUCUCAGAGUACGAGGUCCAAGUCAGUGCUACUAACACACUUGGUUCCAGCCCAUUCUCUGACAACACUGUUAUUACCACACUGGCUCCAGUGAUCACCGCCCCUGGUCACAUUCAGAUAGACACUCGUGGGCCAACAACUGCUAACAUAUCGUGGACGGAGCCCAUGACCUGUGGAAUUGACAAUCUUUUUUACGAGAUAUCAUACAAUGUGGAGAGAAGUGGACUGUCCUCCGUAACCAGGCUCGACAGUGUAACACAUACCCCAGACUCUGUGCAGCGGUACGAAAUGCGUGGAUUGUUACCGUACACUCAGUACUCUGUGAGAGUGCGUGUGGUGGGCUAUGUGGAUGGUGGUGAUGGCACAUAUAUGGUGGGAAGCGGGACUCUAUUUGGAAGGACUGCUUUUUUGUCCAGCAACUUCAGUGACAUUACUGUGUUCACUACUAACAAGAGUCUUCCAACUGGCUCCCCCCAAGCUUUUGUUGCAUUUUUUUCCCUCCUUCAAUCCACGGCUCACUUUGAGUGGCAGUCUGUAUCACCACACCUGGCCAAUGGAGUCAUAUUAAAUUACAUUAUAUCUUGUCGCUAUAUGAGAAACGGUGACGACUGGAAUUUGGACAUCAAAGACAUGGUAUCCAAUUCAACAUUCACGUACAGUUUGCAGAACUUGUUAUCAGCUGCACACUAUGAGUGCUCGGUGGCUGCUCUUAACGAGGUAGGAGAGGGGCCAGCUAGCACACCCAUCCUAUUCUCCACUCCAGCGGUAGAUCUCAAUCGGAGGCCCAGCGCACCUCGUAAUGUGGUGUUUGAAGUUAUGCGCCAGAACAGAGACUCAUUAUUCAUUGGAGCUCAAUGGGAGAUGUUUGUGUGUGAGUCCAACUUUACCUGUGUGGAACUACUCGGUUACGUCAUCACUUGUCGAGCUGAGAUCAGCAGGGAAGAAGUGAGAAAUACAGUAUGGCUGUCUGAUUUUCAAGAUGAGGAUGAAGUGUUUGAGAAUGCUCGGGUUCAGGUGAAACCUUUCACGAGAUACGACUGUUCAGUGGCUUCUCUAAACACCUACGGAGUGGGGCAGCCUGGCUCAAUAAUAUCCUUGAAGACUCCUGAGACAAUUCCAAAACAGUCAGCGACCAAACUCUACGCCACCAACGUUGGGACUGACAGUGUACAGCUACACUGGACUUACGAGGAAACACCUAGAGCUGGAGAGCUGAACGGAUUCGCGCUUUAUCUGUACAAACAAGACACCCGAUUCCCAGGGAGAACAGGAUCAUUCGUUAUCAGGGAAUAUUUCAACAUAGGGAUUAAUCAAGAUCAGACAUCUUUUUCCUAUUUGUUGAUGUACUUGGAUCAAAGUGUUACCUACAAUGUGUAUAUAGCUGCAGCCACUGUGGUUGGAGAGGGGCCUCAAGAAAGGAUAUCAGUCACAACCCAUAGGGAAGCUCCGUCCACAAUCCUUGGGAAUGUGUUCACAAGCAUCACCUCUUCAAGAGAGCCAUUCCCUGUUCUUGUGGAGUGGUCAGUGUCAGCUACCUCCGUACAGUCUAUUGAUUACAUUGGGUUUAUUGUCUCGUGCUUUGACAACUCAACAGGCACAGCCAAUGAGCUUCUAAGACAUGUUGUCCUGGACAGUCAACCGAUGGCAAGCUACUCAGCCAAUAUACUCCUCCCUGCCAACUGUGAGAUGCCUUUGGGGUCUUACCAGUGUUCAGUGUUUGCCUUUAAUGAGAGGGGGGAGGGACGGAGAACCACUUCGCUACCCUCCAGUCUGCCUUGCACUGGAGGAGGCGACGGUCUGACCGGGAGUUUUCUGGCUAAUCCAUACGCUGGCAUUACAUUCUUGGUGCUUGUCAUUUUGCUGAUCAUUCUACUGAUAACAACUGUUAUCAUUUGCUGUGUCUGCAUAGGACGCUAUGAGAAAAGCACUAAGAAGGAGGAACACUACAGCACUGUUCCGUUUGAUGAGGGAUACAUCAGUAUGGCGCCAACUGGGUCAAAUUCAUCGGCUAUGAAGCAACCGUGGUCAAGAAAUAAUGUCCACCCCCCGUCUUUCCUUAGUAGAGGUGGUAACCCUCGACUGAGCAUUGACCAGGACAUUCAGAGCCACUAUGAUGAGAUCUCGGUAGGGAGAGCAAGCAAAACUGAGAAUAUAUAUGAUGAGAUUCCACUGAGGUUGACACCACAACCACCAACCCCACGUCGCAGUAAUGCUAGCUCUAUGAGGUCCUCUCCAACAUUGCAGAAUGGUGUAACCUGCCUGUCGAUACACAGCAUCUCCGAAAAGUCAUUUGAUCUUGACGAGAGUCAAGUCACAACCAUGACCGAUAUCACUAAAAUUGAUGUCCCUGUCAGUAAUGGAGCCAAAUUACUGAGCCCAGUCUCAUCUGAAGAAAACCUUGCCAAAGCAAAACCAGUCAGUAAAGAUAAGCCAAAAACGUCUCCCUUCAAGGACCAACCCCAACCCUCUGCUCGUGGGCGCACCUCUGGCUAUGUGGAAGUAGUCACAACAAAGGACGGCAAGAGAUGCGUACGAGAGCUUGGGAACACUUCAUCAGUGGACAUGGAAUCUUACCAACCUUUUCAUCAAGACGGCAUUCAAGAACAAGCAGCCAGACGCACCUCACUGCGGGAGCAAGGUCACUCGUACCAAAACGUGGCAGAGAUUCGACGACCAAGGUCCGUUUCUUCUACACAAGCCUGCAUUACCAAUGAUGAGAGGAAUCGAAAGUCUAUUCCAAAUCAGACUAAUAGGCAGCAAAUAACUUCUGCCGAUUUUCAGCUUUCAACCGUUGAUGAUUCAGAGGUCUAAUUAAUUUGUAAAGAACCAGUAACGUUCACUUUCAUUAUACGUAGAUAAUUUUAUUAUACACAUCUUUAAAAGUCAUUAACACGUGUUACAAUUAGAUCUAUACAGCCUAUAAAUUUUACAGAUUUAUAAUUGUUGUGUAGUAAUUAUAUGCACACACCCGAUCGUUUAUACUCCAUAAUUUAUACUGUCAUCGCAUAGAUAUCAUGGUCAUCGAAUGCUUAAAAUAAUAAUUAUAAACAUUUUAUGCAAGUCAUGUAUAGAUUGAUAUAAUUAUAUAAUACA